AAAAGCACUUUCACUACACAAAUAUAUAAACCACACUCCACUAAAUUUGUGAGAAUUGAUAUCUUCAUCAUUAGAAAUGGCCUCUUUUUGGUUAAAUGUAGCCCUCAUGAUGGCUCUCAUGGCCACACCUCUUCUUUCCUUCAAUUCAAAAGCCUCAAGCAUCUCAGCUUCCCCAACAUUCUUCACCAAUUCCCCUCCAUCUUCUAAUCUGCAAGGACUACCUCCAGAAAUAGCUCCACUUUUGCCAUCUCCAGGUCCUGAGGUGCCUACCACUCCAACUGAUUCCUCCAAACCCACCAUUCCCUCCAACCCGAGCCCUCUGAAUCUCGACGACCCGCCUUACCCUGCACUUUCACCAUUUGGGUCAUUGCCAGCUUCUUCAGGAGCAUCUGCAGAUUUAGUUUGGACUCUAAAGGUUACUACUUUUGCAUUUUCAGCUGCAUGUGUAUUGGUUCAUGCAGUUUCUUAGGUUGUAAGUAUUUGUUGUGGGAUACAUGAUUCAAUUGUCAGUGGUUGUAGUCAAAGUUGUCCAAUAUAUAUGUAUAGGUUAAGAAUUUUUAAUUGAUUUCAAGUAAUAUUUAGAGUUUGUAGCUCGAAUAAUUAAGAAAAUUUAUUUUUGCA